CUCAAGAUGAGAAUAGCCAAGUGUCUUCUUGUUCCUCUCGCGGGACUUGUCGCAGCAUCCAACACGACGGAAGUCGACGUGGGCGAGGACGGCCUCACCUACAGCCCGGACACGCUCCACCUGAGCGCCGGUGAUAAAGUCGAGUUCCAUUUCUACCCCGGCAACCACUCGGUCGUCCAGGCGGCCUUUGAUAGCCCCUGCCAUCCCAAGAACGACACCAGCAUCUUCAGCGGGUUCAUCGCCACGACCAGCAAUGAGAAUGAAUCAUCUACCGUGUUCACAGUGACGAUCAACGAUACGGACCCGAUCUGGUUCUAUUGCGGCCAGACGGGGCACUGCCAGGCGGGCAUGGUCGGGGUGAUCAAUCCUCCGUGAGGACCAGAGAUCCUACACAAUGAGCAGUUAUAGUGCACAGCUAACUGCGCAGCACUAAUGGCUCGGACACGCUCUCAGCCUUCAAGGCGGCGGCCGCUGCGGUCAGUAGCCAGAGUGUGCCGUCUGUAGUCCAGGGAGGCGUGUACAGCACCGUCACCUCUGGGACGUCCAGUACAUCUACUGCCAGUGAAAGCAGUGCCUCUGCGACCACUGCAUCAGCUACGACUACGGAAGCAAAGACCUCUACUGCAUCACAGACCAUGACAGCCACUGCUACCAGCAGUCCUACUUCAACCAGUCCAGCAGACCGGCUGUCCUUAUCAACAGACCUCACUAUCCUUUCUAUUCUUGUUUCCAUAGCAGCUGUAUUACUGCUGUAGCUCAGCUUAGGAAAUCCACCUAAAAGUAACUAGGAUAAUGCAGUUAUACUGAAGC